GAAUGUCUAGACUUUGGCCUAUCACUGGCAAGAAAUUUUUAACGCCGUAUAUCCAUGGACAAUUUGUGAAGCCAUCCUCCGAUCAUAUACGUAAAUUGGUCAAUCCGGUUAAUAAGGCCGAACACAUCACAGUGUAUGAAACAUCACCUAGUCAAGUAGAAGAAGCGCUUAUCAGUGCAAAACAAUCGAGUGGUGAAUGGCAAAGUAGUCCUACAUUCAGACGGGAUCGCAUGUUGGCUUUGGCGAGUCAACUUGAAAAGAAUGAAUACGACAUGGCACAAAUCGAAUCACUUCAAACCGGCAAACCACUUGCUGAUGCACUUUAUGAAAUGAGCGAUGUAGUUGACAGUCUUCGUCAUUUCGCAGGCUAUUGUGACAAAAUUUAUGGCUCUUCCCAACAAUUUGCAGAUAUGCAUGCCUAUACAACACGAGAAGCUCUAGGCACAGUUUCCUUGAUUACCUCAUUUAACUAUCCACUUUUACUCACAGGCUGGAAAUUAGGUCCAGCAUUGGCAGCUGGUAAUUGUGCGAUUGUUAAGCCAGCACCACAAACCCCGCUUUCUUCUUUAGCUUUGGCAGAAUUAGCAACCGAUAUAUUGCCAGCGGGUGUACUGAAUGUUUUGCCUGGGGGAGCACACGUAUCUCAAGCAUUGAUUGAUCGCACAGACAAGACUUCUUUUACAGGAUCCACACUUGUAGGUCAAGAUAUCAUGCGUCGUGCUGCGAAUCGAUUAACACCACUCACAUUAGAAUGCGGUGGCAAAAAUGCAGUGAUUGUCUGUCAAGAUAGUGAUUUAGAAAAGACCAUACAAGAUAUUGCCAUGGGAGCAUUUUCUAACGCGGGCCAAAACUGUUGUGCUAUUUCAAAAGUAUUCGUGCAUGAGUCUAUCCAUGACGAAUUCUUGGAGAAAUUAACCGGAUUUGUAAGAAGUUCUUGGAAAGCAAGUCUGGAUGGUGUUGAAGGCGAUAACUUAUAUGGUCCUUUAAUUGACGAAAAUCAGUACAAUCGUGUCAUGAAAUACGUGAAUGACCGUCCACCUACAAUGACAGGCGAGCUAAAUCCAGCCACAGCAGCCAAUGGAUAUUUCGUACCACCAACGAUUUAUACCGGUGUGGAAGAUAGCGAUCCUUUGGCUUGUGAAGAAAUAUUUGGACCUAUUUUAAGUAUAUUAAAGCCAUAUCAUAGUUUAGACGAGGCGAUCCAAAGAGUGAAUAAAUCGCCUUAUGGACUUGCGUCUGCUAUUUUCACCAACGAUCUGAAAAAGGCACAUCAAGCCGCCAACAAGAUCAAAUCGGGUGUAGUGUGGAUCAAUAUGUAUAACAUCAUGCCUCCUUCUUUACCAUUUGGAGGUAGAAACAUGUCUGGUAUCGGAAAAGAUUUAGGUAAAUCAGCCCUGAAUGAAUUUUCAUUUGAGAAAAGCAUUAUGAUGAGUAUUUGAUGCCCAGAAAUAGCGUGGGAAAUUAUUACAACAAGAUAUAAAAAUCAGGGAGAAUCUUUUUUCUCACGAAA